GCGCAAAACAACUGGAGACCGUUUGUGUAACCAAGAUCGGCGGUGGUAGUCUCGCAGCGCUAGCCAUUUACCGCUCUCUAGCACUGCAGGGCAUGUUAAUACUCAACAAGGAUACCGUCUAUACCCCGUAUACAUAUUUCCUCAACUUCACUAUCUGAGACAUGUCACUUCCCCGGAACACCACUAUUCUAAUUGUUGGAGCUGGGCCAACCGGUCUGGCAAGCGCCCUAUCACUUAUCCAUCACGGGUUUAACGACUUCGUCGUUGUGGAUGCUCUCGUCAAAGGGGACAACAGUUCACGUGCUAUCGUUAUCCAUGCUGCCACCUUGGAAGCGCUCGAUGUGAUAGGCUGCGGAGGCGAGCUGGUCUCCAAAGGCACCAAGAUGACGAGCAUGAACUUUGACACUCGAACGGGGGUGCUGGCCCGCCUGCUAUUUGAUACACUGAAACCAUAUACUCGUCAUCCUUACGGACUUAUUAUACCACAGACGUUCACGGAGCAUGUUUUGGGGCAAAAAGCGGCCAGUCUUGGUGUCACAGUCCAUCGUCCACACAACGUUGUGGGUAUGAGGAUAAACGCGGACAAUACUAACCUUGCGGACGUCACAUUCGAGGAUGGGCAGGUCAUUACGACGAAAUAUGUUAUUGCUGCGGAUGGCGCACGUUCAACGAUCCGCCCCAUUGCGGGUAUUGAUUUCGUAGAUCCGAAGAAUGGCCCCGGACACGACUCCACCACACUUGCGCAGCUGGCUCCAGCAGAUGUCACCUUUGACAACCCAGAAUUAAAUAACUUCAACUUCAGAGGUGUGCUGUCUACGAACAACUUCUUCCUUUGUGCCCCUCUCCCUCCCACAUUCAACGAGUACCUUGCAAAGGAAACCGGUAAACAUAUUGAAGAGAGAAUAUUCAGGGUGGCAUGUGGGGCACCAGUAGAAGAAGGGCCCGUUCCACACUCCCCAUCGAAGGCAUUCAUACAGAGCCUCAUCGAUAGAUUCGGUCCCCUGGAUCUGUCGUCGGAUCCCUCCGUCAAUCCAAGUGGGAAAGGUGUCUGCAUAAAAGAAAUCAUUUGGUCUUCCCGAGUUCGGACCCACUCCGCCAUUGCAGAUACUUUCUUCACUCGUCUUCCUUCCGGCGACUCAUUGAAACCGGAAGGAGCUGCCAUCCUCCUCGUUGGUGAUGCUGCCCAUAUCCAUUCUCCUGUUGGGGGGCAAGGUAUGAAUCUCGGUCUUCGAGACGCAGUCUUCCUAGGAGAGAUGCUAGUGAAACACGUCAAGGCGACGGAGUCCAAACCUCUAUCCGAAGCCGACCAGAUCCUUGCCGAUCUCGUUGCGGAGCGACGCGCCCGCGCACUCGAAGUCAUCGGGUUCACAAAAAAAUUGCUUUCCGUUGGCGGAAUGAAAGACACGAUUGUUACAUGGUGGUUACCUAUCAGUAAGGUGACUUUACGAGACUGGAUGCUCUGGAUGGCAGGAAAGGUGAAUUACCUGCGAAGGCAAGUUAUAUGGAACAUGAGUGGAUUAGGUCGUAGGUAAAGGAGAGCUCAGAAGACUGCAAAGUCACAUACCAAUACGAGAAUCCACAACUAUCGUCGCUGCGUUGUAAAGUAUGAAGUUUUGCGCAUUGUUGGUGAUUGGGGUUUGGGCGUGGCAUAGAAAUACGGUGCGAAAAUCUUCAACAAGAAAUUGCAUCUAAUCUUGUCACAAAUAUAAUUCAUUGGAACGGAAAAACGUUGUAUACCAACCUUCUCGAGAAUAUCAUCAUGCUCACCGACUUAUUCCUUAACCGUAAACUUGGUCGUAAGAUACGAUUUGCACAUUUAGGGGAAAACCUUAAGUGAAGGAAUGCAAACCGUGAGGCUUGAAGUGAAAGCCGUCUGGACUUUCAUUGCAGAAUAAGGAGAGCUUUGUCCGAGU